AAUGUCAAUUAAGUACAAUAGCAAAUGAAGGUGGUGUAUUGAUAGAAAAAUUGAAAAACAUAACAGAAAGUGGAAUAAAAAUGAUACAAAUAUACCUAAAAAUGAUUUAACAAUAAGUUAGUUUUGAACUGCAACCAUGUAUCGAUUAUUUGCGUUCCUAUUUUUCAUUAAAUCAACACACACCUUAUCAGAAGGAUACUGUGCAUCAUACCAUGGUAAUAUUUGUAAAAACUACAUUUUAAGUACAAAACAGGUAUGGUACAAUAACAGCGGUGGAUAUGAGAACGAAUUAAUCACUACAGCUUUAUGGGAUGAAAUAAUAGUGCCACUUGAAGAACCAUGUCGUUCAGCAGCAGAAAAGUUACUUUGUUUUUAUGCAUUUCCAGACUGUAAUAUCUCCAAACCCCUUCCACUGUGUUACGAAGACUGUGUAGCUGUAAAACAAUUAUUUUGUUACAAAGACUGGGCUCUUAUAGAGGACAAAAAAGAACAAGGCAUCUUUGUAAAAUCCAGAGGUCAUUUCCGUUUGCCUGAUUGUACAGGUUUUCCUAAAUUUAAUAAAGAUAUGGUAGAAUGUUCUUACGCAGGCCUAACUGAACUAAAAUUAGAUGAAAUAACUUAUGAUUGUGUAAAAGGAAGGGGUAGAUUUUAUCAAGGAAAGGUAAAUUUAACUAAAGAUGGGAUUCCUUGCCAAAGAUGGGAUUCACAGUCACCUCACACACAUGAUUCACCCCCACAUAUAUUCCCGGAGUUGAAAAAUGCAGAAAAUUACUGCAGAAAUACAGGAGCAGAAGAAAAAAGGCCUUGGUGUUUUACUACUAAUCCUAAUAUAAGGUGGCAACAUUGUGAUAUACCACGUUGUCCAAAUUCUACUUUUGAUGAAUUGGACACAAGGACUAUAGCUAUGGACCAGAUCUUAUCUCCUACAUUUCUUAUUAUAAUAUCUACAGUGGGACUUCUGGUCCUGGUGACUUGUUUGUUGCUCAUUUUAUUGUGUUAUAGAAUCCAUAAAAGACACUUAAUGGGAUAUAACGCCCCUGAAGCUGCUGAAGUCAAUAUAGACUUGGAUAAACUGCCUAGCAAUAUGGCUUAUCACAGUCAUGGUGCUACCUUAAAUCCAAAAUUAGAGAAGCUGGAAUUUCCUAGAAAUGAUAUAAUAUACAUUAGAGACUUGGGCCAAGGUGCUUUUGGAAGUGUUUUUCAAGCAAAGGCUCCUGGACUUAUAGCUGGUGAAGAAUUCACUAUAGUAGCUGUUAAGAUGCUAAAAGAGGAUGCUUCAGAUGAUAUGCAAGAAGAUUUUGAAAAAGAGGCUUGUCUUCUAGCUGAAUUUGAUCAUCCAAAUAUUGUAAAACUGCUGGGGGUGUGUGCUGUGGGUAGACCAAUGUGCCUGCUUUUUGAAUAUAUGGGAAAAGGUGAUUUGAAUGAAUUUUUAAGACAGUGUUCCCCUAGUAACUAUGUAGUAAGAAGUAUUGUUGAUGGUAGUUCCCCCAGUAGAGAAAUUUACAAAGACAACCAAAUAAGUCACUUGGAUAAGGUUAAUAUAGCUUUACAGAUUUCAUCUGGCAUGGUUUAUUUAUCUCAAAGGAAAUUUGUCCAUAGAGACUUAGCAACCAGGAACUGUCUAAUAAGUGAAGAUAUGGUAGUAAAAAUAGCAGAUUUUGGUUUGUCACAGAAGAUUUACCUUCAAGAUUAUUAUAAAGGUAGUGAUAGAGAUGCCAUUCCAGUGCGGUGGAUGCCAUUGGAGAGUAUCCUUUACAACAAAUACACUCCAGAAUCAGAUGUAUGGGCUUUUGGUGUUUGUCUGUGGGAAAUAUUUUCCUAUGCCUUACAACCAUAUUAUGGAAUGACCCACGAAGAAGUGAUCAAGUUUUUGAAGGAGGGUAAUGUACUAGCAAGUCCCGAGGGUUGUCCAGCACCUUUGUAUGAGAUCAUGAAACAAUGUUGGGGACAGAAACCAGUGGAUAGACCCAGUUUCCAAACGAUUUACCAAACUUUGAUUGAUAUAAGGGUGAAUAUGCUUUCCAUGCCACUACAUUAAGUUAAUUGUUUUUUAUUAUAUUUUGUUUUUGUUAUGUUCUUAAAAAUAAGAAAAACAUGCAUAAAAUACAUGUACAGUAAGUAUAAAGUACAGUAAGUUUUUAUUCAAAAUAUUGAUUUUAAAUGGUUUCAAUUUAGUGAUGGUUUUUUAAAACUGUUAUUUAUAAGGAUUUCAUAAAAAAGGAAAUGUAGCUAAACAUUUGUUAUGUGAUUGAAAAAUUCCAAUGGAACUAAAAUGCAAGUUUAUAUGAACAGCUGUGAUGUUGAAAACAGUGAAUGUUUGAUAGUUAAAAAGGAAGAUGCUGGAAUAUGAAUGUAUUACUAAAUCAGAUGUGGAGUCUAUUCUAAGAGGAGUUUCUAUAAGCUCAAAAAGAGCUGACAGGAAACAUAUAAGACAUAAGUAUGUAGGAACAUACCUAACAUUGGUAUGUACCAAAAUAUAAACUUUUAUUUGUACAGUUGUCAUAGAUUUGACAGAUAUCAAGCUUUAAAAUACUGUUCUCCAAGUUUUAUAAAACCAAAAUGCAUGAAUGUUUACAAAGUAGUAAGUAAUUUUAUUUUCUCAUUUAUAUUUUAAUUUUAUGAUAAAGACUUCGACCAUUUGCUCUAGGUUGUAAGUGGAGUUUAUGGAUAUAAUGUAUUUUUUUUGUUGAUAUAUACCAUUUUUUUUUAUUAAUUUAUGUAUGUUUUUCUUUAUUUUCUGUAAAUUAUCUGUAUAUAGUGAUCAAAUUCCCUUCUGCUCUUAAUCAAAUUUUUAAGUGAUGCUUUUAAUGUGUUAUCAAAAUUUAAUUUAUUAUUCAAAAUGAUAAACAUGAUAGGAAAGAAUCUCCAGUGUUUCCAAGGUAUAUAAAUCAUUUUAAUUUAGGACUAGCAGUCAAAAAUAUGGAGUUACUAACAUCUUGAUGUCACACGAAGUUUAUGGAUAUUAACAUAAUAUUAAGGUGUACUUGAAUUCAAUAUUUUUACAGAUUACUCUAUUUUGUAUCCUCCAAUGAAUAUAAUGACUGCUAUAAAAUAUUAGCAAACCUAGAUCUUAAAUCGUUUUUGCAUUUAUGUCUUAAUUUUCAUAAUGCUGGGACAAGUGUGAUUUAAAUCAUCUCUGAUUAAUUUAUACCAUUAAUAUUUCCCAAUAAGGGAUGAUUUAUACACAGUAUGCAAGGAAAAACAAAAUUUAAAUGUGAAAUCAUGAUUAGUUUGACUGAUCACUCAUGAUCAGUUUUUACUGCAACCUUUUUGAGAAAAAUAUAUAUUAUAUAAAGGUUAUGGUCCACUGUAAACUACAACAGUCAUCUGCCUAGUUUGUUCCUUGUAUUUAUUCUGUCGCAACUAAUCGAAUCUUUGAAUAGCCUCUACUCAGUUUGAUAUUGGUUUAAGUUAAGACAUUGCAUCAUUAACUUCUAUACAAAUACCAAGAUCAUCUUUUGCUUAAUAAAUGCAGUAGAUCCUACUUCCCAUGUUUGUAAUUUGACAACCUGAUAUCACAUUGGAGAAGAUUUUAUUAAGGUAAAUGUACUAGUAGUUGACAUUAU